AUGGGAGACAAGAGAAGGUCGAUCGCCACGAGUAAAUUCCAGCCGACCGACGCCCGCAGCGCCUUCCCCUGCUUCGACGAGCCCUCCUUCAAGAGUACCUUCACCACCACGCUCGUAAGGCCCUCGGAAGGCUACAUCGCUCUCUCGAAUAUGCCCGUCGAGAGGGAGCUGCCCAACUCCCCCUCUGCAGGCCUGACGGAGGUGCGGUUCCAGAGGAGCGUCCCGAUGGUGACCUACCUCGCCUGCUUCAUCGUCUGCGACUUCGCCCACGUGGAGGUGCUCACCAAGGACAACAAGCCCUUCAGGGUCUAUUCUACGGUCGACCAGAUCAGCCGGACCAACUACUCACGUGACCUUGGCGUCGACGUCCUCAACUACUUCGAGGAUUACUUUGAGGUCAAGUAUCCGCUGCCGAAGCAAGACAUGAUCGCUAUUCCGGAUUUCAUCUCUGGCGCCAUGGAACACUGGGGUCUCAUCACUUACCGCGAAGUGAACCUCCUCUAUGACGACCGCGGGUCCUCCUCCUACAACAAACAACGUGUGGCCGCCGUAGUUGCUCACGAACUCGCUCACAUGUGGUUCGGAAAUCUUGUGACUCUGGAUUGGUGGGAUGACUUGUGGCUUAACGAGGGAUUCGCCAGUUACAUCGAAUACAAGGGCGUCGCUAACUAUGAGAAGGAUUGGGAUAUGGAAGGCCAGUUCUUGGUGGACGAUCUGCAGCGGGUGAUGGUCCUAGACGGUCAGCUGACUUCCCACCCGAUCGUGCAGCCUGUCAACCACCCUGACGAGAUCACAGAGAUCUUUGACAGCAUCUCCUAUAGCAAGGGCGCCUCGGUCCUGCGCAUGCUGGAGAGCUUCUUAGGACCCGACGAAUUCCGCGUGGGCGUGAGGAACUUCCUGCGCAGGUUCAAGUACGCCAACGCCGUCACGCACGACCUGUGGGCGGAGCUGGAAAAGGUGUCCUCCGCCAGACUCAACAUCAGCAAGGUUAUGGACACCUGGACGAGGCAGAUGGGGUACCCCGUCGUUAGCGUGAAGAGGGCGCAGGGGGACGCGACGAAGUUGGAGGUGCGUCAGGAGAGGUUCCUGGCAGAUCCCGAGGCCCAGAGUGCUGACGAUUCGCCCUUCGGAUACCGCUGGGACAUCCCCGUCACUUUUAUCACCGACAGGUCGCCGAGGGAACAGGUCUGGUUCGAGAAGGAGAUGGAGAAAGUGACCUUUAACAUCCCGUCUGGAACAUCAUGGGUUAAGCUGAAUGUGGGUCAGUUCGGUUACUACAGAGUCAACUAUGAGGCGUCUAUGUGGCAGGACCUCAUCGAUCUCCUCUUAAACGACCAUGAGGUACUAAGCCCAACGGACCGCUCUAGCCUCCUGAACGACGCCUUCAGCCUCGCCGACGCGGGGAAGUUGCCAUACCCGACGGUGCUGUCCCUCGUGGCUUACAUGAAGCGCGAGACACACUAUAUACCUUGGAAGACGGUGACGGUGCAGCUGAGUACGCUCGGCAGGUUGCUGAGGCAGACGAAGGCGUAUCCGUACUUCAGGAAAUACGUAGUUAACCUGGUGAGCGACCACGUGCAACGCCUCGGCUGGAAUGACACCGGCAGCCAUCUUGAAAGACGCAACCGCCUGAACCUCAUGGCCCUGGCGUGCUCCAACGGCUACGAACCCUGCCUCGAGGGCGCCCAUGACCGGCUCAUGGCGUGGGUGGAGGACCCGAGUACAUUCAUCCCGCCGAACACCCGUCUGCUCGUCUACCAGUACGGCAUGCAGAAGGCAGACUACGAGACAUGGGAAACCGUCCUCGAGCGCUACGUAGCUGAAGUCAACGCUCAAGAGAAGUCGAAGUUAUCCUCGGGUCUCUCCAGCUGCAAGGAGGACUGGAUUAUACAGAGGUGGAUAAUCGAGGCGAAGAACGAGAGCAUCGUCCGCGGUCAAGACUACUUCUCCGUGCUACAGAGCGUGGCUUCGAACCCCUGGAGUACCCACCUCGUCUGGAACUUCGUCAAAGAGAACUGGGGUUACCUGGUUGACCGGUUCUCGCUAAAUAACCGGUACUUGGGACGCAUGGUUAAAUACGUCACGACCAGGUUUACGACAGAGAGGGAAUUAGAGGACAUGAAGGCGUUCUUCGCAGACAACCCCGAGGCAGGGUCCGGGGCGCGCGCACGUGAGCAGGCGCUGGAGGAGGUGAUGAAGAAUGUGAAGUGGAUUGGCCGACACGAGGAUGAACUCCACCAGUGGUUCGUCGCCAAUGCCGCUCAAUUGUGAUGUGGGAGGCGUGGUGGAGAAGGUGGUGAAGGAGGAGGAGGUGGUGGUGG